GUUAUAAAUACGGGACGGACUCAAAAGUGACUCCUUUUCCGCCCCAAAGCGCUCUGGGAGUCGCAGAGAGUACGGUUUCGGAAGCCAACGCUCGGCUACCUUUCUCCUCAUGGCCUCCAAGCGUGCGAGGCUCUCCACAUCCGUGGAAGCCGAGAGUGCUCGGGCAAAGCUUGAAGUGGUGGCUGCGGAGCUGGGGCAUGAAAUCCGUGUGUUCUUGGCAGCAUCUCAGACGAAACAUGCUACAUUGACUACGUCUAAUGAAGAUGAUGCAGAUGACUUCUACGAUUUAACUGCCGAGGAUUACUAUAACCUCAUGUCAACUAGAGCUGAGUCUCAGAUUAUGAAGACCCAGAAGAUGCGAGAAGCAGAAGCAGUUGCUAGUAGAGAAAGAUUAACUAAGGCAGUGAUUAGGGUCCGCUUCCCUGAUGACUAUAUUCUGGAGGCAAAGUUUCAGCCAUCUGAGACCAUUCAAACUUUAGUGAAUCUUCUUGUGAAAGUUGUUGCUCAACCCAACUUGCCAUUCUAUUUAUUUACCACUCCACCAAAGCAACGAAUUGCAGAUUUAUCAAAGGAUUUUUACUCAGCUGGUUUUGCUCCUGGUGCUAAUGUCUACUUCUCCUAUGAUGUUCCAGAGUCUCAUGGUUUGUAUACCAAUGAACCUUUUCUACGUGAAGACAUCCGCAUUUUGAGCACACUGGAUCUCGGUCAGGAACAGAUUGAUCUCAAGUAUGUUGCACCAAAACCUGCUUUGUUGGAGGCUGCCUCUGUCGUCGUCAAUGCGAAACCAGUGGUGGUGAGGUCAACUAAACCAAAAUGGUUUAGGCGCUAAACCACCGAAUGCUGGUCCCGCUUUUUGUUCAACCUUUAGAUCUGCCUGAACUACUUUUUUACACACUAUUUCUUUUCUCCCAUUGUAAAUCAUUUUAUUUUCAAGUGGGAGAAGUAAAUUUGUGGAAAGGGAAUUGCAUCUGCAGUUCUGAAUGUGAAUUCGCUCCGACUGUAUUGUCGGAUAUUGACCUGCAUAAGUAAUCUAAAUGCUGUUGGUUGCUCUGUA